AUGAAGCCUGCUGUAGUGUUGGUUCUGACUGCAUGUAUAUUUAUUAUCCACGUACAAGGACAGGCCAAAACCAGCGUGCAGAGGUGUUUGUGCCAAGGUGGCAUGUCGAACCGGGUGCUGCUGAAGCGCAUCGACAAGGUGGAAAUUUAUCCCGCCAGUCCAUCCUGUAACAAGGUGGAGAUCAUUGUCACCAUGAAAAACGACGCAAGAAAGAAAUGCUUGAACCCUGAAUCUAAAUCUGCUCAGAACAUCAUCAAGAAAAGCAUAGAAAAGAGGAAUGCACAGUAAAGCACCCACUGUUCAGAAGAAAAAUAUGAAUUUCAUCACUUUCUACAUUGUGUUCUACUGAAAAUACUUUAUAAAAAUGUUGU